GCGAGCGUGAGUGUGUGCGCCCCGGGCGCGGGCUGGGCAGCACUGCGAGCGCGGCCGGAGCAGCGGGAGCCGGGCUUGCAGCGGCGUCACUCGGGCCAAAGAGGCAGCGGCAGCGGCCGGGCCGGGGCCGGGUUUGGGGCAGCGGCGGCCGCGCGGGGCAUGGAGCUGGCGAGCCCGCGCUGAAGUGGGAAGCGCCUGCGAGCAGCUGGCGAGAGGCUUUCCACCGUCCGGUGCGCGGGCUCUUCGGUCCGAGCCAGGCAAACUUUUCUUUCGCGCUUGUCCUCUCCGGAGGAGCCUUUAGCUGCGGGCUGACCGACUCGGCGCGGCGGGACCGUGGCAAAGCUGGACGCAGCAUGAUGCGCGCUGUGUGGGAGGCGCUGGCCGCGCUGGCUGCGGUGGCCUGCCUGGUGGGCGCGGUGCGCGGUGGGCCCGGGCUCAGCAUGUUCUCGGGUCAGGCGGCUCAGCCUGACCCCUGCUCAGACGAGAACGGCCACCCGCGCCGCUGCAUUCCCGACUUUGUCAACGCGGCCUUCGGCAAGGAUGUGCGCGUGUCCAGCACCUGCGGCCGCCCCCCGGCGCGCUACUGCGUGGUGAGCGAGCGCGGCGAGGAGCGAUUACGCUCUUGCCACCUCUGCAACGCAUCCGACCCCAAAAAGGCGCACCCUCCCGCCUUUCUUACUGAUCUCAAUAACCCGCACAACCUGACGUGCUGGCAGUCUGAGAACUACCUGCAGUUCCCGCACAACGUCACACUCACUCUGUCGCUCGGCAAGAAGUUCGAAGUAACCUAUGUGAGCCUGCAGUUCUGCUCUCCUCGGCCCGAGUCCAUGGCCAUUUACAAGUCCAUGGACUACGGGCGCACGUGGGUGCCCUUCCAGUUCUACUCCACGCAGUGCCGUAAGAUGUACAACCGGCCGCACCGUGCGCCCAUCACCAAGCAGAACGAGCAGGAGGCGGUCUGCACCGAUUCGCACACCGACAUGCGCCCGCUCUCUGGCGGCCUCAUAGCCUUCAGCACGCUGGACGGGCGGCCCUCAGCGCACGACUUCGACAACUCGCCGGUGCUGCAGGAUUGGGUCACAGCCACCGACAUCCGCGUGACUUUCAGCCGCCUGCAUACGUUCGGCGACGAGAACGAGGACGACUCGGAGCUGGCGCGCGACUCGUACUUCUACGCCGUGUCGGACCUGCAGGUGGGCGGCCGCUGCAAGUGCAACGGCCACGCGGCCCGCUGUGUGCGCGACCGCGACGACAGCCUGGUGUGCGACUGCAGGCACAACACCGCCGGCCCGGAGUGCGACCGCUGCAAGCCCUUCCACUACGACCGACCCUGGCAGCGCGCCACCGCCCGGGAAGCCAACGAGUGCGUGGCGUGUAACUGUAACCUGCAUGCCAGGCGCUGCCGUUUCAACAUGGAGCUCUAUAAACUGUCUGGACGCAAGAGUGGGGGUGUCUGUCUCAACUGCCGCCACAACACUGCUGGCCGCCACUGCCACUACUGCAAAGAGGGCUACUACCGGGACCUGGGCAAACCCAUCGCUCACAGGAAGGCCUGUAAAGCUUGUGAUUGCCAUCCCGUGGGUGCUGCUGGCAAAACCUGCAACCAGACUACAGGCCAGUGUCCCUGCAAGGACGGUGUGACAGGCAUCACCUGCAACCGCUGUGCCAAGGGCUACCAACAAAGCCGCUCUCCCAUCGCACCCUGCAUAAAGAUCCCCGUGGCACCACCGACCACUGUGGUUAGCAGCAUGGAGGAGCCUGAAGAUUGUGAUUCCUACUGCAAGGCCUCGAAAGGGAAGCUGAAGAUUAACAUGAAAAAGUACUGCAAGAAGGAUUACGCCGUCCAGAUCCACAUCCUGAAAGCAGACAAGGCGGGGGAUUGGUGGAAGUUCACGGUGAACAUCAUCUCUGUGUACAAGCAGGGCACAAGCCGCAUCCGCCGUGGUGAUCAGAGCCUCUGGAUUCGCUCACGGGACAUCGCUUGCAAGUGCCCCAAAAUCAAGCCCCUUAAGAAGUACCUGUUGCUGGGCAACGCAGAGGACUCACCGGACCAGAGCGGCAUCGUGGCUGAUAAGAGCAGCCUGGUGAUCCAGUGGCGGGACACAUGGGCACGGCGACUGCGCAAGUUCCAGCAGCGCGAGAAGAAGGGCAAGUGCAAAAAGGCCUAGCGCGCAGGCCGCGGCGCCAGCGGCGGGGCAGGCGGCGCCCUUCCCAGGCGGGGCAAGGGGCGGGGCCGCAGGCAGCCUGGCAGCCCCACCCCAGCCCCACCCUGUUUGUCCCUGGCUGCGGAGCUGCCGGCCAGGCCCUGGAGAAAUGAGAAUUUAGCUACCUCACGGGCUCCCUCCAGAGCAGAGUCGCGCUUCCGCUUCCAGAGGACCAGGAGGGGGGGUCACUGUGGAGGGGGGCGGGGCACCGACCUGCACCCCCCCCAUCCCCGCCCUGGUUAGUGGCUGGUGAUGGUGUAGGAGACGUGAGGAGAACUGUGAAUUCUCGGGGAGUGGGGACUGAUGGAGUCUGGCCAAACCACCACCCACAACAUACAAGACGAAAAGUUCCCACCUUUCCCCUGACUUUUCUUUGGGAAUUCCCACAGGACCCCUGGCUGAGACAACUUGGGCCCCUUCUGAAGGGACCUGGCAGGCAUUUUGGGGAGAAAAAAAAAAAAGCAUUUCUCAUGCAGCCUGUGGUCCCUACUGCCACCUGCUGACCUGGGCCUCCUGGGUGGGGCCGUGGGUCAGUGAUUAUAGCCUCUGGAUCCAGAGGGGAGAGGAAGCCCCUGUUGGUGCCUCUCCCCGCCCAGCUGGGGAUUGAGAUGGGCCCAGGACUGUGCCCUUUGCCAGAGGGCAGUGGGCCCAAGAACACCCCUGAGAAGCCCAAGCCGGGUGGUCACUGCCUCAUGCUGGAGCUGCCUGCCGGAGAAAGCAUUUCGAAGGCAAAACCUCCCAGUUUCCUUUCUGGAAACUUGCAACUAGCCCUUUUAAUGACAUUUUCCAGGGGAGGGGGGCGGGGUGGAGCACUGACUGGCUUUGCUGCAGUGACACUAUUUGUAUAAUGACAUCAGCUCCCACAAGGCCCCUCUACUGUGUCAACAGCUGGGAAUGGCCAGGAUGGGCAAGGAAUGCAGGCUGCAAAGGCAGGCUCGCUGGGGGAAGGGGCUUGCCAGAGUCAGACAAGCUUUGCAGGCUCAGUGAAGUGCCAGAUCACUGGAGCCAUAAGCAGGAAGGGGAAGGUAUGGCCGGGUUCCUGGGGAACAAGGAAGCUAUGAUCACUUUCUGCUGCUGCUGCCUUCCUUGGGUCCCCAAGGGAAAGGACAGAGGCUGCAGGGCCAGGGGAGCCUAUUGCUUCCCAUCUCUCCUCCAUGCCAACCCUAGAACUACCCUCUACAGCUGUCUUAAUCUAGCCCAUGCCUCCAUGCCACAUGUGGCCAGGCCCCCCUCUCCAAGUCUUCUUAGAAAUGUAUCCCCUAAGCAAGCCUCUUCUUUAGAUUGUCUGAUCUGCUUGCCCUCCCUUCUUGUGGUUUAGGGACAUCUGCCUCCUGGAAUCUCUUUACUGCCUGGGGACUCGCGUGCUCUCUCUAGCUCACUGAUUUGGAGGCCUGGCUCACUCUCAGUCAGGAAACUGGCUUCAUUUUUCCUGUUGGAGUUUGACUCAUUAAAGGGGUCACACCAAGUAUGAAGCUCGACCUGUUUUAGUCUGGCUUCCUUCAGCCUCAGCUGAAGCCCGCAUCAUGGUUGCCACUGACCAAUCACCUGUUCGGUGGUAGGCACUUUACUCCCAUGAUAUCGUCAUAUCCUGUGACAACCCUGUGAUACAGGGGUUUUCACCCUCUCACCGGAGAUGAAUAAAAGGCAUAGGUAACCAGACCACUGGGCUUUGGGCAGUUACCAGGGUCAUGUGUAGACUGUGUUCAGACUCAAGCCUUGUUUUCUGAGCUAGGGCCAUUCUCCAUGAUAGUCCUGCCACAUAUCAGGCUGCCAUCAAGGCUUCCACUGAGACACUGACCCUGUUCAAUGCAGGUUGUCUGGAGAAGUGGAGGGGAAAGUGGGCAAAGUGACAUCUUCAGAGGCAAGCAAAGAAGAGAAAGGACUUGCUAUGGGGCAGUCCUGGGAGUCCAGGUUCCAGAAGUAUCAGCCUCAGCUGACCUCAGAUACAGUGGAGAGAACAUUUGUCCCCCUGGGGGAGUUUGGAGGUGUUCCAGGGGAGACUGGCAGAGAUACCUAUGGGGAUAGGGAGAAGACUAUUCUGUGAACUGCAUUUGUCUUCCCAGGUCCCACUCUGCUAAAGAAACAGCAGCUCUCCUGAGGCCCAGAGUAGUUUGCUGACACCAUUAGCAUCUGGAAGGUCUCAGCACUUUGCUGUCUCAUACAUAGUCCACAAAAGGCUGUGCAUUGGAGCAGGUGUCCUAUCUCUGUGUACACCAGUCCAGCUUCUUACUGGUAUUCCCUUACUUCCCACCAGAGUUCUCUGUCACCCCCAUGUCCAGUGAAGGGCUUAGACCAUAGAUCUCUUGAGGUCUCCUGAGUCAGCCAAGGGUAUGCCAAGCAAGAAUUAAUCUUGUUUUAAAUUCAGUCAGCCUAUAACUUUAUUCUUCCUUUGGCUCCUCUGAGGACACAAGGCCAGUUCCUGGGAUCCAUGUCAAAUCAGCCAGAUCAGUGAUCAGUGUGAGAACACUGAUGAGACUUCAGCCACUACAUGCUGCCCUUCCCGAUCUCUUGGAUCCUGCCCACAUCUCCUGAUUUCAGCCAGCACUUUCAGCUGUCUCACAGUCCACAGAAGGCACUACACAGGGCAAGUGUCCCUCUUCUAUGAACACCAAUCUGGCUUCUUAAUGGCAGCUCCCUCACCUCAAUCUCUUGGACCCAAUUGAUCAAGAAUCAACUCCUGAUUCCAGCCAUCACCCGAUGAUCCAUCCUUGGGAAAGCACCCAUCUUCCACCCUCACCCCUCUCCCCAGGAGGAGGUGGAAGGAAUCAAGGUGUUUUCAAUUUGUACAGUUAGGAAGGAAUGCAAAUGGAACUAGAUUUUGAAUUUGAUGAGUGUAUUAACCAGAAUUGUGAUAUGUAGGUGUUUGAAGAACAACAUAUCAGAUUAGAUUUUUUUGUUUGCAGAUUCCCCAGUUGUUUUUUCUUACCUGCUGGGUGGUCUGGAGCCCUUGACAGUGGAGUGUCUGCUUUUCUGACACAGAGUAAUGCCGUAAAGGCUUGGGAUGGAGGGAAGAGGAAAGGAUGGGGGCUGCCCCCUGGACGCAGUGGCUUCCUUGGUGGGGAAAAGAGUGAGCAGCAGCAUCUGAGUUGUCCCACAAAUAGAAGGAAUACUUGACACCUCCUGUGCAAGCCAAGGAGGCUAGGAGUUUCCCCAAGGCCUCUUGCAACCUCCUGGAACUCUAUCUCCAAAGUGGUUUGCUGGCAAUGGUACAGAUUUGGGUUACCCUAUAGUGGAAUGAGACUGAACUCAAAGAGACUGUAAGGUAAGGAAUAAUUUUAAAAUGGAAUAAUUAUAGGUUUUCUCCAAAUUCCAGGAAAGACUGGAGAGUGGACAAACUAGACUCAUUGAUGAGGUCACUGAGUGCAUGGUCAUACCCUAGGGGUAUCGCAGUUUUGUACUUGUGGGGCCCUCCCCUGCACAAACCCGGCCAGUCCUAUUCCAUGUGCCAUUGGACAUCCCUUCCCACCCAUUCCCAAAUGCACUUCCCGUCCUCCCUUAACUCCCUCCUGGAUUUUGGAGUUCUGUUCACUCUGCAUUGUAAAUGUUUAGUUGUGACCAUGACAUAUUGUUUGGGUUCCUUCCCAAUGCCUACUAAUAUAUUAUGGUUAUUAUAUAUGAAUAUAUUUAAUGACAUUGAAAAGUUGUGGAUUUUCUUUUUUUAAGUUUUCUUUCUUUUCUUUUUUUUUUUUGGUUAGAGGUGUAGUGGACCCAGAUGGAACUUGUAACGUGGGCUCCACAUGAUACACAUGAUAGAACUAAAUUCAAAUAUCAAUUAAAUAAACUCUUGUACACUG